AUGGCCACUGAUCAGCCUCCACCUCCUAAGAAGGAGAAGAAGGGAUUGAAGAAGAUAUGGAAGAAGGUCAAGGAUUUCUUCAAGGACAACGCUGCCAAACCUGCUGCGACUUCUUCGACCGCUCCUCCCGUUCCAUCAACUGCUGCUAUUCCUGCGCCUACCCCCUCUACCUCCAAACCAGAAGCUGCGACUACUACAGGGCCAGAUGAUUCAAUUGUGCGGUUACCCAAUAUCGAGGUUGAUGAUACCGUGGAGGAUAUCCCUGUCACCCCACAAGAACCAGUCCAGCCCCGCCCAAUACAGCCUUCUUCUGAGACUGGCCAACUCACGGAGCCCGAGAUGCGCUUCAAUAAAGCCCAGGCAAUAUUCGCCAAGUACAAUCUGGAACUCAGUGAGGCUGACUGGGACAUGAGACCAAAAGUCCCCUAUGAACGAGUGGCCAAGAAUAUUCGCAUGAGAGUGAGAUAUACCUGCCACAACUGCUCAACGACCUUUGGCCACGAGAGAGUCUGUGUGGGCUGUGAGCAUCGUCGAUGUGUCAAGUGUUCUCGAUACCCACCCAAGAAGGAUAAAUCAAAAUCCCAAAAGACCGACCCCACUGCACUCCCACAAACCUCAGGAGGCCCAUCAUCAUCCAAUACUGACGCAGCCUGUCAUGAGUGCCAGACCGGUUUCACUGCGGGCACUGAAGAAUGUCCCAAUUGUCAUCACAAGAUAUGCGAACGUUGCCUCCAAGAGGCCAUCAUUACCGUCGAGCAUACUCCUGACGCGCUCGGCACAGGGCAGAAGCAUUCGACAGAGGGCGUUGGUGCGGCCAGCUGA